UUGGUUUGUUUCUCUGUACACAUGUAUCCAUGAAGAAACUGACUGAUAGCAUGUCUCUGUCUUAUUUCUUUUGGUGUAUACUUUAAUUAGAUGUUCCAUUUACAUUUAAUUAACUUUAUGUUUUGAUCAUUCUGCAUUUAUGUUUGUAUAUGUGUUUGCUGGGAAGGACUACUUAAUUUUGUAUCUAGGAUAACAUACUUAGGCAGUCUAAUCCAGAAGAUUCAUACAUUUUGAUAGACUGAACAAACAUAUCUUAGAACUGCAUUUGUAUUGUCUCUGGGACACAUUUUUUGCAAACCUCUGCGUAGAGAAAUAUCUGAGCCAAUGUGCCAGGACUCAGUAUCUAUCAAAUUGAUUAUUAUGAUGUAGAUAAGAUUUAAAUUUUUAAUUAAAUUCUUUUAGUCAGAUGUUUCCUUGAAUGUAGACAAGAUUUAAUCAAAUGCUUUAGUUAAAUGUUUUCUUGAAUGAACCCCUAGCCGUAAAUCUAUGGCAGCUACUUGGUAUUCAAUCUCUGAAUUUAUCUGUUAUAGAUUAAAAUUUGAGGAUUUUGAGUUCUUGAACAGAUCAGAGGAAAAUGGCAAGGAAUCUGAGCUUCGAAAUAUACUCUAGCCCAGAUGGAUCAAAUUUUGCCAGGAGGGGUACAUCAUUACAUGGAGAAAAUUCGCCCCCGUCACAGGUUCUACGUUUGGAUAAACUGUCAAUGGGAGAUCAGACAUACCAUUGUCAUCCAGAACUGAAAAAGGUGACUAAUGCUGUAGUGGGAACUGGAGCAGAAAAUUCAUCAUUGGGUCUACUGCAGGCUAAACCUCUUUCUUCUCUUGGAGUAGAAGAGCUGAAGCAAGUAAGGAGUUGUGUCACUGAAAAUUCUCUCAAGGCGAGAGAGCAGAUAAAUGUUCUGAAGGAACCUAUAUACAAAUUGGAUACAUGUCAUAGAUCAAUGUUGGCGAGAUUGAGGUCUCAAAUAGAACUACCAGCACCUGUUCCAAAUAAACAAGUUUACACCUCCAUGAUGGAUAUGCAGGUGGAAGGGCACCCCAACAAUUUGCCUAAACCAUCCGAAACGAUAGGUAGCGAAAGAUAUAAUUUGAGAUCAAAUAUCCCCAACAAAAAACAUGCAGCAAGCCCUACAAAAGGAAAGGGUUCUCAUGCAUUUGCAAAAUCCAUGCCAAAUGUUUCACACACCUCCCAUACAUUUGAUAGCCAGCAACAGACUUCAAAUCCAAAUAGAGGUCAGAUCACUGGUGGCUCAAACAGUUGCAAGCAUCCAUUUUCAACAGGAUCUUCAUCAACUCCUGUCACGGAGUGGGCUGAACAAAAGCCACCAAAACAUCAACAUACAAAAAGAACAAAUUUGGUGCCACCAGUUUCAAAUCAUGUUGAUUUACCAAAUAUUUUGGAGGGGUCUUUGAUUCUUGAGUCUGUUGCUAAACCUGAUUCAACUGAAAUCAGUGGCCAAGCUAUUCUAAGAUGCUCUUCUAACAAUAAUGCUUUCCAACAGAGCAAAUUAAAGUUUGAAAAUAUCUCUUCUUUAGCUGCUUUUUCUGAGAGCAAGGAAUCAGGUGCUGGUGACAAGUGCAAGAACAAGAUCAAGAAGCAAGGAGAUGUGGAUGAAAAAAUUGCACCUGUUUGUCAAAAUGUUGGAUCAUUAGUUUUGCCUCUAAUUGAGGCAAAAACUAUCAUCAAAAUUGAAAGUGGAGGUGGUGUCCAAAGGCCAGGAAGGAGUGGGAGGGUUAGUGUUCCUCUUAGAAUGAAUGCUCCUCUGAGUGGAAAACUUGAAUAUCCUGCAACAACAAAGCAACUAAGAAGCACAAGGCUUGGUACUGAUAAAUUAGCAAGUAAGCCAGGUCAACCUCCAACCAAGAAAAAAUCAUUGGAUCGAAAGCCAGUUACAUGGCCAAGUUGUCCAAUGAACAGUGGAUUGUCAGAUUUUACAGGGGAUUUGGAUGAUAGUGAAGAACUUUUGGCAGCUGUAAAUGCUUCUAAUAAUGCAAGUGAAGUUGCAUGCUCAGGACCCUUUUGGAAGCAAAUGGAGCCAUUUUUUGCACCUGUCACUCCAGAUAACCAAGGUUUUCUCAAGCAACAGGUGCAGAUCAGAGAGGUAGAGGAUGAAGAUGCAAUUCUGAUAAGUCCUGGCAGUAAUCCAACUGAAGAGGUGGAUCUUAUCUGUAGUAUGCUGCCAGCAAACCCAAGUCCAAUUAGUUCGUGUAAUCAAAGAAGUUUGGUGAAUGUGUGUGUGGAUAAUGAGUCCUUGAAGCCUUCUAGCAAUUUGAAUGCUAAAGAGGACAUCAAGAGACCUGGAAAAUUUAGAUAUUUUGACAGGAUGUAUCCACUUUCUGAAAGACUGCUUUCAGCUUUAAUUGGUGAAGAAGAUUCUGAAGAAACAAACGGAAAAUUGUAUGAUGGACCACAAGAUGACUGUCUUCAUUGUACAAGUGAGGAUUCUCCUUGUGGUAGUUGUACUCAGAUUGAAAGCGAUUCUGAAAAUGCAGGGAAAGUUGAAUUAGAGAUAGAGCCAGAAGUUGAGAUGAAAAAUUUGAAGCAUAACAUUCUCGAUUAUUCUAAUUACAAGAGUCAUUUUGCUAAUGGGCUUCAGAAUCAUGUGGCAGAAAAUAUUUGUAGUGCUGAUUUGAGGCAAGAUGAUAUAGAAGUGCCCUCAGAGAUUUUAGGUUUUAAUGUAGAGCAUAGAGUCUUGGAUGAACGACAUGCACAUGGAGGGAAAAAGAAUCAAGGAAAAUUGCAAUCCAGUUGCCAAACUUUUGGAUUAAUUUCAGGCAUUGCUGCAGAUGACAUCCAAUACGAAGAAAUGGACCUGAACCAACGAAUUUUAUUGGAACUCCAAAGCAUUGGACUAUAUCCAGAAUCAGUGCCAGAUCUAGCACAGAGGGAAGAUGAGGAAAUAAAAACGGAGAUUUGUAAGCUAAAGGAUGAGCUCCGGCAACAGGUAUCCAAAAAUAAACGUCAUCUUCACAAACUGGAAAAGGCUGUCUUCAAAAGACAGAAAGUUGAAGACAGAGAGCAUGAAGUUCUUGCCAUGAACAAGCUAGUGGAAUCAGCAUAUAAUAGGCAUAUGGCAUUGCAAGACACCAAUGCAUCUGGUCAUAAGAGUGCACAAAACAAAGUUACAAAGCAAGCUACCUUGGGUUUUGUUAAACCCACACUAGCUAAGUGUAGAAUGUUUGAAGAAACUGGCAAGAUCUGUUUUUCAGAUACAUCUUUAAACGAAAGAAUGUUCUCAAUAUCCUUAAAGGAGAUGAAUAACAAAUUACUUGGUGAUGCUGUCAAUGGUGACACUGCAAAUGUGCUUGCUGUGAAUGCACAUGCUCUCUCAGAUAUCAAAACAUCAGAUGAGCUGAACAUGAUCUGAGAACAAGAUGAAGCUGUGGAGCUACUGUUGUUUAUUCUUUAAAACUUGAAGAUUUUUACAGAAGCAGUUUUCAGAAGGUGACCACUGAUACAAGUUAUCUUUGUUUUGGAUACCUGUAUCAUGUUAGAGUAGUUAAAUUCUUUUGAAGAUUUCUUGUACAAGUUAGCUAUGCAGCUUGGAGAAAAAUUGCUUUUUGUCAUCACAGGAAUUGUUCGUGUUGUAACAAAGUGGCGAAUUGUUGUUUUUGAUUUGUACAAGCGAGCUUUUCCCUAAUAUCUAAGGUUAUGACAAGCAUUCCAUCCUGGUCAUUGCUUUCAAACAAGGAUGGGAGGCAGAAUGGACAGUACAUUCAAUCGGUGUCACAAAUAAUUGUUGAUCAUGCUUUUUGAUUAUGGCCAUCUCUUACAAGCUGCACAAUCUGAAUGCAAUUAAAUCCAGUUCUUUAGACUUUAAUAAUCUUAGAUUUUGUAUUACAGAUCCUUGGUCCUGGGUUCAGAGGUCAUAUACUGUAUCUUCUCAGAUUUCAGACUGAAUUUCUUGAGAAACUUGCUGGGAAUUUAUCUCUCUGUAACUGCUACAGAUGUUAGUUUUGGUAGUAAUAUUCUUUUUUAUAACAAAUCAAUUUAUGUAACAGUUAGGGAGCCCCUUCACCUUUGAAUCUCAAAUUCAAUUGCAUUCCACUUAUGAUUCUUCCAAUAGCAAAUCAUUUUUUGUGUUGUGUUAGUGUAUCUGUUAGGGCUAAAUUGACCUUGAAGUUUCUAGCAUCCUUUAAGCAAACGCUUUUUUGUAUUCAAUCAGGAAGCUUUCUUUCUAGACCCAACAAGCUUCCAAUUUGUAGUUUGUUGAAACAUGAAUUUACAGUUCAUGCAUUUAUUUUCUAAAGAUGGAAUGUGUUCAUAUGGUCAGAUUGAUAUUUAACACUGAAUGAGGUGUAUCCUCAAUAUUCACGAAUAGUUUACGGGGAGCUUUUUUAUUA